AUGAGUCAGGUGAUGAGUCAGGUGAUGAGUCAGGUGAUGAGUCAGGUGAUGAGUCAGGUGAUGAGUCAGCUCCUGGCCCCGGCCGUGGACUGGUUGGACUACCUGUCUUCCUCUCUGUCUCCUCUGGAACUUAAUGACAGUGAACCUGUCGUCCUGUUCGCCAGAGAAUACCUGCAGCAGGUGUCUGACAUCAUCAACAAGACCGACCGCAGCCUGCUGAAUAACUACAUGAUGUGGACGUUGGCUCAGAAGAGUGUUUCCAGUCUGGAUCAACGCUUUGAAAACGCUCAGGACAAACUGCUGGAGAGUCUGUACGAUGGUCAUGUGUUGCAGUCCUGUACUCCUCGCUGGCAGACGUGUAUCGGGAACACUGAUGACACGCUGGGCUUCGCUCUGGGAGCGCUGUUCGUUAAAGCUACGUUUGAUAAACACAGCAAAGAGAUCGCCGAGGAGAUGAUCAACGAGAUUCGUUCAGCGUUUAAAGAAGCUCUGGACCGACUGAGCUGGAUGGACGACCAUACGAGACAAGCUGCUAAAGACAAGGCUGAUGCCAUCUACGAUAUGAUCGGUUUCCCAGAAUUCAUCCUGGACCCCAAAGAGCUGGACGACGUUUAUGACGGGUACGAUGUGUCAGACGACAGCUUCUUCCAGAACAUGUUGAACUUCUACAACUUAUCAUCCAGAGUGAUGGCAGACCAGCUGAGGAAGACUCCCAAUAAAGACCAGUGGAGUAUGACUCCUCCUACAGUCAAUGCGUACUACAUGCCAACUAAGAACGGCAUCGUCUUCCCUGCUGGAAUCCUUCAGGCUCCUUUCUACGCCCACGACCAUCCCAAGGCGUUGAACUUCGGGGGCAUCGGGGUUGUGAUGGGUCACGAGCUGACGCACGCCUUCGAUGAUCAGGGUCGGGAGUACGAUAAGGACGGGAACCUGCGGCCGUGGUGGCAGAACUCGUCGGUGGAGGCGUUCAGGCAGCGGACGCAGUGCAUGACGGACCAGUACAGCCGCUACACCGUCAACGCAGAGCACGUCAACGGGAAGCAGACGCUCGGAGAAAACAUCGCCGACAACGGAGGCCUGAAGGCUGCGUACCAUGCGUAUCGCUCGUGGGUCCAGAAGAACGGAGAGGAGAAGAGACUUCCUGCUGUCAACCUCACAAACGACCAGCUCUUCUUCGUGGGAUUCGCUCAGGUGUGGUGCUCGGUCCGAACACCAGAGAGCGCUCACGAAGGCCUGCUGACCGACCCGCACAGCCCCCCCCGCUACCGCGUCAUCGGCACGCUCGCCAACUCUCCGGACUUCAGCCGCCACUUCAACUGUCCUGCAGGAACGCCGAUGAACACGGGGAAGCGCUGCGAGGUCUGGUAGACGCAGCGACGCUCCUUCACUCACCUGGUCCUUUAAUUACCGGGGAGGCUCGUUAGGAGUCUGAUGGGCAGGACGGUUAUUAGAGCGUUACUUAGAGGUUUUUAGAAGGUUUUCAGGUGUAAUAUUCAGUUUCAGUAUAAAUAUGUUAAUUAGACGAUCAGACUGACUUCCUGUCUGGAAACUUAACGAACUCAGUGGACUUCAGAGGACGGACUGAUGAUGAUGAAGAUGAUGAAGAAGCCAUGUGGGACGAUGUUGCUGAUCAGCAUUUCUGCUUUAUCACCGUUAUUGAUUAUUAGUGUGUGUCUCUGUGUGUGUGUGUGUGUGUGUGUGUGUGUGUGUGUCUCUGUGUGUGGUGUGUGUGUGUGUGUGUGUGUGUGUGUGUGUGUGUUGUCCAUUGUAUGAAAGAGCUGUAACUCUGUCUAUCUGAUGACAUCACUGUGAUGACCUCAUACAAAAGUGAACUUUUACAUCAUUAUUGUGUGUGUGUGUGUGUGUGUGUGUGUGUGUGUGUGUCCAGAGGGUCCAACUGUGGAGAGUGACGUCACUUCCUUUAGUCCCCAGAUGUGAUGUCACUUCCUGCCCCCCCCCCCCCCAUUUACACUGAGAGUAAAAUCUAGUUUUUUAAAACGUUCGCUGCUGAGUGAAACUAAGGAAGAAGAAAAUUAAACACUAAAGGAAGUGACACAGCUGGCCUCCCAUUGGCUCACAGUCCCCAAGUACCAGGUGUCCCCAGUUACCAGGUGUCCCCAGGUACCAGGUGUCCCCAGGUACCAGGUGUCCCCAGGUACCAGGUGUCUCCAUGUACCAGGUGUCCCCAGGUACCAGGUGUCCCCAGGUAUCAGGUUUCCCCAGGUACCAGGUGUCCCCAGGUAUCAGGUGUCCCCAGGUACCAGGUGUCCCCAGGUACCAGGUGUCCCCAGGUACCAGGUGUCCCCAGGUACCAGGUGUCCCCAGGUACCAGGUGUCCCCAGGUACCAGGUGUCCCCAGGUGUGAGGUCCACAGUUGGACUCGAUUGGCCAGUCCUGAUUUUCCCGUAGUGCCAAACAUUACAGUCAGCACAGACAGAAAGUCUCCACCAUUAAAGCCUCAGUGCUGCCCCCCGCUGGUCACAUGACUGUACUGCCUUUAAUGGACGAGGCCUCUGAAAUGUUCUGCUUCUCUUUAUUUACGUCAUAAAGUUACAAAGCUUUAUUUUAAAGGUGUUAAACAGUCUGCAGCUCUUCAUCAAACAUCAUCAUCACCCACUCGUCUGCUAACAGUCCUUUAAAAGCUUUUAAUUUGACUUUUAAAACACUACAAAUGAUCAUUAACCUAAAUCUGAGGUUAAUUAAUAUAAGUGAUUCUAUUAUAUUAAAGGGUUUAAAAGCAUUAUUUUCACCAGCAUUCAAUUCAGUGAAUAUUUCAGGUCCUUUUACAGUGUGAAUGCUUUUUACCUGCAGAUAGAAACACAUGAUCUAUAUGAUAUUUAUAAUAAUAAUAAUAAUAAUAAUAAUGAUAAUCAGUAAAUUAAAGGAUGCGGUCACUUUAAAUCAGAGAUGAGAUGUUUGAUGUUGCAGCUUUGUGACGUUUAAACUUUUACUCUUUGUGUAACUGUCACCAUCAGCUGCUCGUUGUGUCUUAAAAAUAUUAAAAUAUUAUACAAAUGAAUAAAUUUACAGUAUAUAAAUAUAACAAAUAUAUAUGUGCAUGUAUAUCAGCUGAUGCUACGUGAGUGAGAUCAAAGGAGUGUGUGUGU